AUGGAGGACCUUAAGGCGUUCGAAUGGCGUUUACGCGAAGUGAUUCAAGGUCUCCAUCCGAAAGCAAGACUGUGGCGUGCCUUAUUGUCUCUCGUCAGUCUCUCAUGCUUGAUUACAGCUUACUUUUGGUUGAUGGACCCGACAACUUACCAGGUUGGGUUUCUCGGUUCUCUGCAAAAACAUCCACAAUUCGUGCUUACUUUACUCACAUUGGCCAUUCUCUUUUUGAUGGGUGCGCACAAAAAGGUCAUACUACCCAACAUAAUAGCACAACGCAGUCGUGUGGUUCUGGCUGAGUACAAUAUGACAUGUGACAACUCCGGCAAACUAAUUUUGCGCCCCAAACCAAAUCUCUGA